AUGAACAAUUUCGCCCUAAAUUUGGCAGCACUCCAGAACUUGCCAGAAGGUGACCCAAUAGCCGCCAAUAAUAUUAUAAGAGCAACUGCGCAGGACACUCUGGACCAGGUGUACCAGCUUGGCAUCACCAAUGGUUUUUUAGCUGGUAUGAUGCCACCGCGAAACGAAAACGCCGACGUGAAUCCUCUACAAGAUACGGUCAGAUUAUUGAUCGACACUCUGAACCAACAAAAUCAAUUGUUCCGUCAAGAGAUGACAGAGCACCGCAACAAAACGGUUGGUAUGAUACUGGAAGUUUUAGCCUUCAUGUUUCAAGAACAAGAAGAGAAUCGCGAUGUAAUUAAAGAAAUCACGCAGUCUCUUAUAAAUAGAGAUAGACCAAGACCGGAGGCUAUUGUGAUACCGGAGGCACUGCUAAGGAAUGGUACCCAUCGUGCUCCACUAUGUAAUUACCACACUAGGCAGCGCAAUCUGAGAACUCCAACUACAGGAACCAGAAAAAGCGCUCGUUUGGCUCAAAAAACUGGAGUUCCAACUAUAGUGAGAACUGAAAUUGCACCUAAUCCAACGACUGGGAGAAAAGCUGUACCAAAGAAGAAAUCAACUUCAAACCAGAGAAAAUAA